CAACAAUAAUAGAAGCGCUACAAAAACCAAAGUUUGAAUCCAUGACAACGCCAUGAAUAGUUUUAUCAAUAACCCGCUCCGAACCCGACGACAGUUUGGUCAACCAAUGUUCCCGCUCUAAGUGCACACGAGUCGAGACACCGAAUAUUGCUGCCGAAGCCGAAACUAACCCCCCGGAACGGGAAUCGUUCCCAAAUUGGUCCCAGCGAUCGGGAUAUUUAUUCAUGUGAUUUAUCAAUUUAUAUUUCUACUCUACCGGCGCUACUCAGUUGUGUGGUGCGACGCAUCCUGGAACGGUUUGGCAUUUGCCAGCUGAAUAUUGUCCAAUUAAGUGUGGCCCCAGUUUCGCUCGUAGGAUGUUUGUCAUUUUUUUCUGUUAUUCGCGCGAUUUUUGUUUUCUGCUUGCAGAUACCAGGGAGUGAACCGUUGUCGUGUUGAAAGCACGAAAGUAAAAUAUCGGAUAGGAAAAAAACGCCGGUCAGCCAAAGCAAUAAAACAGAUUAUAGGCGAGCAUCAGCACGCAGUUAAAACAUUAAAAUGGGUCCAAAGAAAGCCAAAGCCGUCAUUGAUGGCGUGGACACGUCCAGCAUGUCCCGCGAGCAGCUAGAGCAGUUCGCCCUCCGACUGCGCAACGAGAUGGAACGGGAAAGGGAGGAACGAAAUUUCUUUCAGCUCGAGCGGGAUAAGCUGCGCACCUUCUGGGAGAUCACCCGUAAGCAGCUGGAGGAAGCGAAGGCCGUCAUCCGCAGCAAGGAGCGUGACGUCGAGGUGGCCCAGGAGCUGGCCGACCAGGACACGAAGAAUGUCAUGCAGGAGAUGAAACACCAGCAGUACGAACACCAGUCGCACAUCGGUGAGCUCAAGGCGGAAAUGAUGACCCAACUGAAGAUGGCUCAGGAGGAUCACGCUCUGCAGGAGCGAGAGUUGUUGAACGAUAAGCGUGAUCUAAGACGGCUGCUGCGGGAGAUGGAGGAGAAUUCCGAGCUGGAAGUGCAGCAGCUCAAAUUGAAGCACAGUGAGCUGCUGAGCCAAGAGCGCGCCAAUUUCAAAGAGGAAGUUGAAGCGAUGACGAGACUGUUCGAGCAGAAACUUCAAUGCUACAAAGAAGAAGCUGAAGUUCGUCAUGAGAUGGAGUUGUCAGAGGUAGAGGAGCGGAAGAACGCACAGAUCGCGGAAUUGAUCAAGACAAACGAAAAUUCGUACAAGGAAAUGAAGGGUUACUAUAAUGACAUCACUUUGAACAAUUUGGCCUUGAUUAACAGUAUGAAGACCCAAAUGGAAGAACUGAGAAUUCAAUCCGACAAGGAUGUUAAGAAUCACUCAGAAAUAAUAGCUGAAAAUCGACGACUUGUCGAACCAUUGAAGCAGGCUCAGACCGAACUGAUUGAGUUACGUAAGAAGUUACAGUACUACGAUCGGGAUAAGGCGACGUUGAACCGAGUGAAAACUCGUCUCAGUUCUACCCAAAAGCAGCUUAGCAGUUUGAAGCUCGAAUCGGAUGUUCUCCAGAUGCGUUGUGAGAAGCUGGUAGAGGAGCGUGACCAGCUAAAAAAUAUGUUUGAGAAAUCGAUUCUGGAAUUGCAACAAAAAUCAGGCCUAAAGAAUUCACUGCUUGAGCGCAAACUGGAGUACAUCGAGAAACAGACCGAACAGCGGGAGGCGAUUCUAGGGGAGGUUCUUUCGCUCGCCGGAAUCGAACCGCAAUCGUUGAGCAUUCGUAUCGAGAAGCUGCUGGUUCAGAAGAACGACAAAAUACAGGACUUGCGCUACGAGCUGGCCCGUGUCAGCAAAAUGUAUGACGACCUGUUGUCGAUCAUGGAAGCGAAAUUAGCGAAAUUGGGAAUUACUCUGAAGGAUCUUGAAUUGAGCAGUUUGCGUUUGGAAAAAUAGCACUUUAAUUUCGUAUGACAUGGAGUGAUUUAUAAAUUAUAAGUGAUAUAAAUUUGGUUUGAACAGCGAGAGAAAUGCAUAACAACAUAAUAUGCAUAAUAUGCGUAUGCGAUGAUUUUACAUUAAUUUUCAUUAAAUCGCUUGGUAAAUAAUUAUGACAACCUGAAGAAAAAAACAUUGUAAAUUUGUUUAACAUUGUUCGGGUGCACAAAUGUUUUAUAUUGAUGAAAAUUAUACAAGGUAAUCAUUGGUUUUUUUAAGAAGCCUAACGUUGUGAAGACAUUUAAAAAUAUGUGAAGACAUUUACAGCCUUUUCAAAAUUG